GAUUCCUCCUUCAGAUCACCGUUAAUCAGUCACAGAUAUUAAUGUGAAUUCCACCCAGCGGCUCGGAGCUGGGGUUUACUGACUCAGGUGAUUCAGGAGCACCUGAACGCACCAACAGACUCUAGUGAGAGGUUCAGGGGGAGUUUCAGUCCCUGAAGGCCACACCUCCAGGAGGAGGAUCAGCCUCAGAGCGGCCCAGCAGAGGAGCUCUUCAGACGGACUGCAGAGCACCAGGGACAGCAGGGACAUGAACGGAGACAAGACCGAGACCUGGACCUGGACCGGGACUGGGAGCGGGAGCGGGUCUGGCUCUGAUGAGCUCAUCUUCUUCGUUAACGGGAAGAAGAUCGUGGAGAGGAAUGCAGAUCCUGAGACGACUCUGCUGACGUAUCUGAGGAGGAAACUGGGCCUAACAGGCACUAAGCUGGGCUGUGCAGAGGGAGGAUGUGGAGCCUGCACCGUCAUGCUGUCCAGAUACCAGACCCAGAGCCAGCAGCUGCUACACCACGCUGUGAACGCCUGCCUGGCUCCGCUCUGCUCACUGCACCUGGUUGCCGUGACGACCGUGGAGGGCAUUGGCAGUGUGGCGAGGAAGCUGCACCCUGUCCAGGAGCGUAUCGCACGCUCUCACGGCUCUCAGUGCGGAUUCUGCACGCCGGGGAUCGUCAUGGCGAUGUACGCCCUGCUGAGGAACAACGCCACGCCCAACAUGGCCGACCUGGAGGAGGCUUUCCAGGGGAACCUGUGUCGCUGCACCGGAUACAGACCCAUCCUGGAGGGCUUCAAGACCUUCACUGUGGAGGGGGGCUGCUGUGGUGGGAAGGGGCGGGAGAACGGCUGCUGUAUGACCAAUGGUAACGCAGCGCAGCAAAACCAAGAGGAGGACAAUGAUGAAGCAACGUCUUUGUUUAACGCCGAAGACUUCACGCCCUUCGACCCCACACAGGAAGUCAUCUUCCCACCUGAACUCAUGUCCCUCAGUAGAGGUCAGUGGUCAUCCUCGCUGUGUUUCCGUGGGCCGCGGGCAGCCUGGUUUCAGCCCGGCAGCCUGCAGGAGUUCCUUAACCUGAAGUGGAAACACCCCAACGCCCGGGUGGUGGUGGGCAACACCGAAGUGGGGAUCGAGGUGAAGUUUAAGAACAUGGUGUAUCCGGUGAUCCUCGCCCCGGCCUUCAUCCCUGAGAUGAACGACGUCACACACACCGAGGACGGUAUUGAGUUUGGUGCAGCGUGCACUCUCAGCCACAUGGGGGCGGUGCUGAAGAGAGCACUGGAGACUCUGCCUCCUCAUCAGACCGAAGUCUUCCUCGCCGUCCUCGAGCAGCUGCGCUGGUUCGCCGGACUGCAGAUACGCAACGUGGCUGCGGUGGGGGGGAACAUCAUGACAGCCAGCCCCAUAUCGGACCUCAACCCGGUUUUUAUGGCAGCUGGCUGCAAACUCACGCUGGUGGACAAAGACGGCACGCGGGAGGUUCAGAUGGACGACGGUUUCUUCACCGGCUACAGGAAGACCAUAGUGCGCCCACAGGAGGUCCUGCUCUCCAUCCAGAUCCCGUACAGCAAGAAGAACCAGUUCGUCUCGGCCUUCAAACAGUCUCCUCGCCGGGAGGACGACAUCAGCAUCGUCACGGCGGCAAUGAGCGUCUCCUUCGCUCCCGCGACCAACGUCGUGGAGGACCUGAGGCUGAGCUACGGCGGCAUGGCGGCUUCCACCAAGCUGGCCACAAAAACGGCAAAGCGACUGCUGGGAAGGCAGUGGGGGGAGGAGCUUCUGCAGGAGGCUUGCUCCUCAUUGGCCGAGGAGAUGACCCUCGACCCCUCUGCGCCCGGAGGCAUGGUGACGUACCGGCGAACUCUGACACUCAGCCUGUUCUACAAGUUCUACCUGACGGUGCUGCAGAAGCUCGAAGAGCAGGGUGUGACCGUGGAGAAGGUCCGGCCCGACUGCCUCAGCGCUGCAGAGGUUUACCACCCAGAGACCCCGUCCAGUGCUCAGAUCUACCAGGCGGUGCCGGAGGGGCGGAGCCAGGAAGACGUGGUGGGCCACCCCAUGAUGCACCUGUCGGCCCUGCAGCAGGCGACAGGUGAGGCGGUGUACUGCGACGACGUGCCGCUGUACGAGAACGAGCUGUACCUGGCGCUCGUCACCAGCAGCAAGGCUCACGCCAACAUCCUCUCUGUAGAUUCCUCGGCGGCGGAGGCAAUGCCCGGCGUGGUCUGCUGUGUGUUUGCCGCAGACAUCCCCGGCAGUAACUCCACCGGACCGAUCCUCAACGACGAUACGGUCUUCGCCAGUGGCCAGGUGACGUGUGUCGGGCACAUCAUUGGCGCCGUGGUGGCCGACACUCAGCUCCACGCCCAGAGAGCCGCCAGAGCUGUGCAGGUCCGAUACGAGGAGCUGACGCCCAUCGUCACCAUCCAGGAAGCCAUCGCCUCCCAGUCCUUCUACCAGCCAAUCAGAUCCAUCCAGAACGGAGACCUGGAGGCGGGCUUUAAACAGGCCGACCACAUCCUGGAGGGUGAGAUGCACAUUGGAGGUCAGGAGCACUUUUACCUGGAGACCAACGUCUCCCUCGCUGUCCCCCGAGAGGACGGGGAGAUGGAGCUGUUUGUUUCUACUCAGGCUGCCACCAAAACACAGUCCCUGGUUGCGAAGGCGCUGGGCGUCCCCGCCAACAGGGUGGUGGUCCGGGUGAAGAGGAUGGGGGGUGGCUUCGGGGGGAAAGAGUCCCGGACCACCCUGCUCUCCACAGUGGUUGCCGUGGCAGCAAACAAGCUACGGAGGCCUGUGAGGUGCAUGCUGGACAGAGACGAGGACAUGUUGAUCUCCGGGGGGAGACACCCCUUCUACGGAAAAUACAAGGUGGGUUUCCUGAACAGCGGUAAGGUGGUUGCUCUGGACGUGUCGUACUACAGUAACGCAGGAAACUCGAUGGACCUCUCUCAGUCUGUCAUGGAGCGCGCUCUGUUCCACAUGGAGAACUCCUACAGCCUGACCAACAUUCGCGGCCGCGGCUUCGUGUGCCGAACCAACCUGCCGUCCAACACCGCCUUCAGGGGCUUCGGAGGACCUCAAGGCAUGAUGGUGACGGAGAGCUGGAUUACUGACGUGGCUCAGAGCCUUGGGAAGCCUGCUGAGGAGGUGCGACGGUUGAACCUGUACAUGGAAGGACAGAAGACGCCCUACAACCAGAUCCUGGGUCAGUUCACUUUGGACCGCUGCUGGGACGAGUGCAUGUCCCGCUCCCAGUACCAACAGCGCCGAGUCGCCGUCGACCUCUACAACCGACAGAACCGCUGGACCAAGCGAGGCCUCGCCAUCGUCCCUACAAAGUUUGGCAUCAGCUUCACCGCCCUGUUCCUGAACCAGGCCGGCGCUCUGGUUCAUAUCUACACCGACGGCUCUGUGUUGCUGACCCACGGCGGGACGGAGAUGGGACAAGGACUCCACACCAAGAUGGUCCAGGUAGCCAGCAGGGUUCUGGGUAUCCCCUGUUCUAAGAUCCAUGUCUCAGAGACCAGCACCAACACGGUGCCCAACACCAGCCCCACCGCCGCCUCCGCCUCCUCAGACCUCAACGGAGCCGCAGUGCAGAACGCCUGUGAGAUCCUCACCAAACGCCUCGAGCCAUACAAGACCCCCACAGGAUCAUGGGAAGACUGGGUGAGAGCUGCAUACUUCAACCGGGUCAACCUCAGCGCCAACGGUUUCUACAAGACGCCUGACCUGGGUUAUGACUUUGAGACGAACUCCGGCCGAGCGUUCAACUACUUCACGUACGGGGUGGCGUGUUCGGAGGUGGAGAUUGACUGCCUUACUGGAGCUCACAAGAACCUGAGUACCACCAUAGUGAUGGACGUCGGCCACAGCCUGAACCCAGCGAUAGACAUCGGACAGGUGGAGGGGGCGUUCAUGCAGGGGGUGGGUCUCUUUACCCUGGAGGAGUUGCAUUACUCCCCCCAGGGCGUCCUCCUCACCAGGGGUCCUGGUUCCUAUAAGAUCCCGGGAUUCGGGGACAUUCCCACCCAGCUCACUGUGUCGCUGCUGCGCGACGCUCCCAACGACAAGGCCAUCUUCGCCUCCAAGGCGGUGGGCGAGCCUCCUCUCUUCCUGGCGGCGUCAGUUUUCUACGCCAUAAAAGACGCCGUCAGCGCCGCCCGGGUGGAGUCCGGCCUCCACGGCCCCUCCAGGCUGGACAGCCCCGCCUCCGCAGAGAGGAUCCGCAACGCCUGCAGCGACAAAUUCACCAAACUGGUUCCUCCUGCAGAGCCCGGCUCCUUCAUCCCCUGGUCCGUACAGGUGUGACCCACCACUAAUUCACCCAAAGACUCCAGAAGGGGGUCACUGAUCAGGACUACAGCUAGUGAUGCUGCUAAAGAAAUGAAUUCUUAAUAAUAUAAAUAUAUCAGAUAUUACUUCAGGUAUUAGCCCUCUGAUGAUUGUUACUGCUGAUUGGUGCUGCACUUUGACCUCCGUUCGAUCCCUCACUUUAUAUUGAGUUGUGUUAAUGAAAUAAAACUUUAGACACAU